CCUUUUAAGACAAAAGAGUGCAACUGGACUGAAACACUAAAUACUUGAAAUGUAGCCUGAAGUCUCCUUUUUAACACCUAAAAAAAAAUGCUUUUAGUGUUUUGGUGACAUCAACAACAAAAUCAACAUGUUGAUGUUGUUUUUCUUCGUUUUCACUCAAAGUCAAGCCUCGACGCACUCACAGGACCCGCAACUCUCGUCUCUGAGCACCAUGUUGGAUGACUUUGACGUGCUGUCGCCAGCCAGUCUGCACGCGCACUCGGUCCGCCGCCGAGACCUGCUCACCACUCACGUGGAGAAAGAGAUCAGCUUCCAUGCACUGCAAAGACACUUCCGUCUGUACCUGAGGACCAACGAGCACAUCUUCACUGAAGACUUUUCUGCAUCAGUAGUGGACGAUGAUGGCGAGCACAGCCUGCGUGUGGACCGUCAAGCCUUCUUCACCGGACAUGUCAUCGGAGAGGAAAACUCUCGCAUUCAAGCUCACAUGGACGAUCAGCACUUCUCCGCCCGCAUCCUCACGCAGGAGGCGGAAUAUAACAUCGAACCUCUGUGGAGGUUCACGUCGCCGUCCGAUGGCCGUCUCCUGGUGUACCGCUCCGACCACAUCCGAAACCUCAGCCGACUGCGGCGGCCAUCCAUCUGCGGCUAUGUGAACUCCGACCCCAGGCACCUGCUCCCCGAUAGCGUUCGCGGUGCCGCUGAGGACGAAGACGACGAUGAAGAGUGCGAGUGGCGUGCGCGUCGUGACGUGCACUCUCACAGUAAGAACACAUGUCCUCUCCUCCUGGUGGCCGACCAUCGCUUCUUCACGUACAUGGGACGUCGCGACGAGAGCACCACCGUCAACUACCUGAUUGAGCUGAUAGACCGCGUGGACGACAUCUAUAGGAACACGUCAUGGGACGACGACUUCUCAGGCUACGGCGUCCAAAUCCAGCAGAUCAUCAUCGAGAAGACGCCAACGACCGUGGCGCCGGGAAGCUUUCACUUCAACAUGGCAGGAAGUCCCGUGGAGGGUCGAGACGUGUGGGACGUGAAAAGGCUCCUGGAGCAGUUCAGCGUUGACGUGGCGGAGAAGGCUGCCAACGUGUGCCUAGCGCACCUGUUCACCUACCAGGACUUCGAUGAGGGCACGCUGGGCUUGGCGUACGUGGCCCCCGUCAAAGCCGACAUCCCCGGCGGCCUCUGCUCUAAAGGCCGCCCGGCAGCGGCCGACCCAGCGGCAGCUGACCCGGCGGGAGCCGAGCGGCGCCUCGUCUACCUCAACACCGGACUCACUAGUACCAAAAACUACGGCAAGACCAUCCUCACCAAGGAAGCCGACUUGGUGACUACUCACGAGCUGGGUCACAACUUCGGGGCGGAGCACGACCCCGACAACAUCCCCUACUGCGCCCCCCGAGAGGACCAGGGAGGGAAGUACGUCAUGUAUCCCAUCGCCGUGAGCGGAGACCAGCUCAACAACAAGGUGUUCUCCAAAUGCUCCAAGCGCGCCAUCGUGAAGCGUCUCCGCUCCAAGGCAUCAUCCUGCUUCAAGGAACGUACCGUCAACGUCUGUGGAAAUUCUCGCGUGGAACCCGGAGAGGAGUGUGAUCCCGGCCUGCUGCACAGAACCUCUGACCCCUGCUGCACCGCCGAGUGCCACCUUAGACCGGGAACGCGAUGCAGUGACAGAAACAGUCCGUGCUGCAGGAAGUGCCAGCUGGAGGCCGCGGGCGAGGUUUGCCAGGAGCCCAUAGACGCCACGUGCAAGGGACGGUCCUACUGCACAGGCCUCAGUGAAGAUUGUCCGCCUCCAGAGAAUGCUCCGGACCAAACGUCGUGUUUGGAUAGCGGCGAGUGUCAGGACGGCUCGUGCGUCCCCUUCUGUCUUGCUGUCCACAAGCUGGAGCCCUGCGCCUGCAACGAAACCAACACUUCCUGUAAGGUUUGCUGUCGCAGCAGUGGCAAUGUAUGCACUCCCUACCAAGACAAGGAGGGUCACUUCCUGUUCCUGCGUAAAGGCAAACCCUGCACAGUGGGCUUCUGCGACGGCGCGGGUAAGUGCAUGAAACAGGUGCAGGAUGUGGUGGAGCGACUGUGGGACUUCAUUGACAAACUGGACAUCAACACAUUUGCCACAUUCCUGGCUGAUAACAUGGUUGGCUCCGUGGUGGCCUUCUCGCUGCUCUUCUGGAUCCCCUUCAGCGUACUAGUGCACUGUGUGGACAGGAAAGUGGAUCGCCAGUACGAGCAGACCACCAAGUCUCUCUUUUUUCCCAGCAAUGCAGAACUCCUGAGCAGCCUGGAGUCAUCUUCCGUACGGAUCCUCAAACCUCUGAAUGCACGCUUCCAGGCAUUCAGCCCCGGCCCCCCGGACAGCCCUCACAUGGCCACGAUUGUUGAGGACGCCAGCAUGGAUGCCCGUGUGGACGAGGCGGCGCUGCAGGAGGCGUUCGGGCGGCCGCAGGGAUUUGCGGCUCGUUCCUUCGAGGAUCUGACGGAGCAAAGUUUGGAGAGCAGCGUGGUGGUGCCGACCAAACUGCGACAUCAGCGCCAAGCCAACGCCAAAGAGACGCUGUGCUGACAACGCCUCACGGAACUCUGUCCACCAAUCAGAGACCAUGGUGAAGACAUUGUGGUGUUACCAUGUAGUUAGCAGCAUCAUGGUAAUACAAAUCUGCUUUGAGGGCAGUCUCAUCAUUUUUAUUUUCCCCGCAGAGGGACACGCACACUUUCACAUUGUACAGAUGGCCUUUUCCUCUGCCAGGCCAUAAUGCAGUUGUAACUGUAGAAUUGACUACUUUUCCAGCAUGAAAAGCUUCUGGUUCACCCAGUCAUCACUUCUCAAAGUGAUGCUUUGUUGGAACAAUAAAAGAGGUGAUAAAACGA